AUGAUGAGGGGGUGCAGUCUGUGGAGAGAGGAUUUGUUGAAAUUUAAGAAUGCAAUCAAUAGAUGCUAAUCUUGUGAAGUUAUUAGUAAAUAUAGUAUACGUCAUGGUUCAUACUGAUGCAUUUUCCUGCCCAACUGAAAAAAACUUCAUACUAGGAUUUGAUCAAACUUGCUGCAAACCAAUACAGUGUUUGGAAAACCAAGGCUACAGACUGUGUUCUAACAUUGAUUCUCUGGGAUAUGAUACUUGUUACGACUGUCCACCCGGAACAAUUAAUCGUGAACAACCAGUAAAUACAGCAACAAUCAGAUUUGAAUUUGAAUUUUGUACCAAAAUCGACUGCAAUUGUCUUCCUGAAGCAGAACUUCAAAAUAGAGAAGAAUGUGAAAAAACUGGCAACAAGAUCUGUGUCUGUAGGAGGUGGGACGGUUACUAUGGCAAUGACCCUGGCGCAUGUCAAGGACCAAUAAAUGAUGAGAUCAAAGUGGAAAAGAUCAGACAACCAGGAUUUGAAUUAAAGAUCACAGGAGAAGUUGACAAGUGUGAAGUGGGAUUCUUCAAGAACAAAAGUGACAAUUCUAUAUGUAUUCCUCAUACAAAAUGCCUGGAUGGCUUCUUGUCAGUUUUUAAUGGGUCUACAACUCAGGAUAGAGAGUGUCAGAGAAUCACCACCACCAGACAACCAGACACCACCGCACAACCAGAUACCACCAAGUUAGCAGUCACCACAAAAGUGCUAGUUAACUCUACACUGCAACUAAUAACUACCUCAAAAACUGCUGUUAUGCUUACAACAUCAAAACUUGUAGUGAAAAGUGCUAUAAUGAAUCCAAAUAUUUUUAUUGGAGAUGAAAGAUCUACACCUGAUCCAGAUCCUGUAAAUAAGGAACCAGAAGAGGGUAGUACAGAUUCAAUCUCAGUACCUGCUCUAGGUUUGAUUUUAGGAUUUGGAUUAUUAAUUGUAGUACUUGUACUUGUGUGUAUAUGCUGCUGCAGUAAAAGAAAACUUGAGCAAUUAAAACCUAACCCAGAACUAAAGAAAGUUGAUAGAUCAGCAGCCAGUAGUCCAGAUAUUAGCAAUACAACAGGUGAUGAAGAAACAAUCAAAAUGUCAGAAAGAGAUCCUUUGUUAAGUGUAAUUGAUGAAACAGUCCACAUCAAUGAAAAAGAUAUGAAAGAAAGUUGUCAGGAACCAAAUGGAUCCGAGUUGAAAGAGGAACUAUCCAACUGCUGUAAUCAUAAAGCUGCAGUAUCUCUCAGCAGUGAAGAUCCUCUUAGUGUGACAAUGACUGGUCAAGACAAAAUUCACUGUAGUGAGGUAUUUCAACAAAGUUGUGCAGAGAAUGAAGAAUCACAUAAUACUGCUGAUUUGAACACUGCAGUAAAAGCACACGACAUUAAAGUUUGUGAGCAUGAAUCUCCAAAAAUUGAAAAGAUAAGGGUUGAAAAGCAGAAGAGUGAUCCAAUUAAUAUAGUAAAAAAGACAGAGCCCUGUUCAAGACAUCAUGAUAUAGUCCAGAUGGAGAAUUCUUCAGAUAUUUUCCUAGCUCCAGACUUUUCACCUUUGAUCUUUACUAGUGACCCUCAGCCACCAAAUUCUUAUGGCUCUCUAAUGACUGAUGAAAACUACACCCCAUUGUCUCUUAGUUCACUUGGUGAAGAAUAUAGAGUUCCAGCAGACAGUGACUAUGGCACAGGAUCUUCAACCAAAAAUGAUUCCAGCACUUCAGAUUCAUUAGGGUCAUCAGGAAAAUACACAAACUUGCAUUUGUCCUCAUUACAAAGUAACGAGGAAAAUCUCAAACCAGGCCAGCCAAACAUGGCAGUGGUUCCACCUCAGAAAGAAAGUCAACAGAACCCAAACAAUCCAAAAGUUGUUGCAAUAGUGUCACCUUUAAGAAGAGAUGAAAAGGGCACCUUGAAGACUGUUGAUGAAGAACAGACUUAUUCCAAAACACCAUAGUUAGCAGUAUGGCAUCAACUAAAUAUAAACUAUAUAUCUUGCCACAGGUUCAAGUAUACAAACAUGUAUUCAAUGUAUAUGUUUGUAAAUGAGGUGGUGUGAGACCUAUGAUAUCCUACUAACGUACAGCGACGUGCCAAAAGUUUUCUCCAUAUUUUAGUAUUUCGUUUGAUAUUUCGCUAUAAACAAUACCGUUGUUUAAUCAAACAUUUAUAACAAAUUAUUUAUUAAGAAAUUUCACAUUAAAAGAAAACAGCGCUCAGAUGUAAUAUAUCUCAAAUUUACGUCUGUAAAAAUACAUGUACUGGAAAGUUUACAUUUUUCAAUGCAAAGGUGAUUUUUUAAAAUAUUUUAGCACUAACCACUCUUUCUCCGAAAGUUUUAUUUGUACAUGAAUAUAUACCUAGUAUAUUUUAAUUUAAGUAGGAAAUGAAAAUCCUUAAGUGAAUUAAAUGAAUUAAAUUCAUAUACAUUUUAUACAUCAGU